AUGUUCGUCUUCAACAAGCCGUGGAAGAAGCAAGCAAUGCUCAUCAACGCUGUGUCGCUGCUCUCCGUUGUCUUUCUUCUGCUGCUGAUUGAACAAGUCAACACUGAGGGAAUCAACAUCAAGCUCGACAUGGAGGGGGAUGAUGUUCCCACGGCUUCGGAGGGAGAGAAGGAUGCUUUGUUGACUACUGACCCUCCGACUACGACCACUGAGGAUACAACCACCAAAGCCGCAACCAGCGCAACUCUGAAGAAGGAAGCGCCGCGGAGGGGAAUGUUUGCCAACGCCAUGAAUGGAUUCGAAAAUCUGGCUCGACGCCGCAGCUACGAAGACCUCACUCCGAAAGAACGAAAAGAAAUGAAGGAGGCUGCACCGUUUGUGAUUGUCUUCUUCGUAAUCAUAAUCUGUUGUUGCUGUGCUUGUAUUGUCGGCGUUGUCGCUUUAACCAUCAAGGCAGUAUCAAAGAAGGAAACAAGACCAAAGGAAGUCGGCAACAAAGAAUAUGUUUGUGAGGGAUAA